GUUGGGGUGUUGGGGCUGGUUGUGGAGAUUCCUCUUUACACAGUAAUAGCCAUAGUGAAGAGCCCAUACAUGCUGUUCAAGGGAUGGUAUAGAUUGACACAUGAUCUUAUCAGCCGAGAAGGUCCUUUCUUAGAAACAUCAUGCAUUCCUAUUGCUGGUUUGACAAUCUUGAUGUAGCCGCUUGUUGUUAUUGGCAGCAUCAUAAUGGCGAUUUUCUCGAGUUUCUUCAUCGGGGUGUAUGGAGCUGUUGUCGUGUACCAGGAAAGGUCUUUCAGGAGGGGUGUUGCCUAUGUAAUUGCAAUGGUGGCAGAAUUUGACGAGUACACUAAUGAUUGGCUGUAUCUCAGAGAGGGAUCUGUUCUCCCAAAGCCUAAGUACAGAAAAAAGAAGGUUUCUGAGCAGACAAAGUUCUCUACUAUGAGAAGAAAUCGUUCGAUUCAAGGUAAACUAAACGCGGUUUUCAGUGAAGCACCUGCAAUGCUUGUUCCGAGUUUGACAGCUUCAAGAUCAAUUAGGGAAGCCAUUCAAGAAGUGAAAAUGGUUCAAGUAUUCAUUCAUCCACCUGUAGUAGCUUUUAAGAUUGCAUAUGGUUUGCCCACACGGGCAACUCCAUUUGAUUCCAUGAGCUUUGCUGCUAACUUCUUGAAAAGGAUGUAUGUGAAGAGGAAACCUGAAAUGAUCAAAACCUUACAUGUUGUUUCAAGUGCCUUUAAGGCUACCUUAAACUGUUUAUGA